UCGACCCCAGGACUUAUUCUUUGUAAGCCUAGUACUUAUUCUAUCGGUCUGUUUGCCGAACCGCUAAGUUACGGGAACGUAAACACACCAGCAUCGGUUGUCAAGCGAUGUUGGGGGGACAAACACAAACACACACAUAUAUACGACAGGCUUCUUUCAGUUUCCGUCUACCAAAUCCAAUCACAAGGCUUUGGUCGGCCCGAGGCUAUAGUAGAAGACACUUGCCCAAGGUGCCACGCAGUGGGAAUGAACCCGGAACCAUGUGGUUGGUAAGCAAGCUACUUACCACACAGCCACUCUUACAUACACAAAACAUAAAUAUAAGCGAUUCAUCUGGAAAAAAAAAAUGAAAGAAAUAAAGACGAACGAAAAUUGCCGAACAAAUGUUUUCAUUAUCUGUCUACCUUCAACGAAAGAUAUUCAAAAGUAUUUCUUUUGAAUGGAAAGAGGAGGCUAGGAAUUCACAGCGAAAAAUAAACCAAAACAACGUAAUUGGAAAAGCUGUAUAAUUAGGACUGCACUGCGGAAUAUCACAUUCCGGUUAAAACAGACUGGUGUGAUUUGAAGAAGACUUGACUGUUAUUUCUACAAGACUGAAAGACCACGUAGAGACCCACUCUGGCGGAUAUGGAGAUUGUUUUGUGAUAUUGGGUACAAUCACAAACGUAAAUUAAUUGAAGCUGUUUCUGUUGUAUUAUGUUGGGGACAUUUAAUAUAAGUCACCGGUAUCAUUUAAACGCGGGAAACAUUAUCAUUGGCACCGUCUACUGCGCAUGUUUCUCAUUUGGUUGAGUUGAAUCUAAUUACAUUAUUUUGUUUUUGUUUGUGGAUAAGACAGACUGACACACACGAUCGCUGUUCCUUCAUCUUCUAGAUUAGAUAUCUUAUUCGAUCACAGCUUUAUAUCGUUAAUUGGUUGUUCCCCAUUUUACAGGGGAAAUGGCUUUUAAUCAGUCAAUGAAAAUUCAUUGAUUCACUUUUCAGUUGCUCUUUAAAUCAAACGUUCUACUGGUAAGUAGAAAGUAUAUCUACGUUACAUAUUUUCCACACAAGUAAAUGGAGUCUGUGAUAUCUGAGACAAGAAACAGCUAUAAUAGAAUAACUCCAAGACAUAUACUUUAAGAAUCGCUCGAGAAUUAACAUGGCGAACGUUAAUCACUUGGACAUUUCUAACACGAUUGUUUUGAGCGAUUCAGAUACAGUUAUAGAGACAGACGGGGAUGAGAAAGCUGGAGAGAAAAAUGUUCCUGAACAUGGCAGUAUGGUUUGUUGGGAGUCAUCCUCUUCAGAAGAUGAAGUCGUUAUAGAAAAAGAAACACCCUGUAAGAAAAGACGGUUUCAUUGUGAAAUUUGUGGAAAAUCAGUGAAUGCUAAAUCUUAUCUUGUGGUUCACAAACGUUUUCAUACAGGAGAAAGACCAUUCCAUUGCGAAAUUUGUGGGAAUUCUUUUUUCUCAAAGAGAGAUUUAACAAGACACAAAACGAUACACACUGGUGAAAAACCUUUCCCCUGUGAUGUAUGUAGAAAGUCAUUCUCUCACAGGGACUAUCUUGCUGCUCACAAACGUUGUCACACAGGAGAAAAGCCAUUCCAAUGUGAAACGUGUGGGAAAUCUUUUGUUACGAAAAGAGAUUUAACAAGCCACAAAAGAAAACACACGGGGGAAAGACCUUUCAGUUGUGACAUAUGUGGGCGAUCAUUUAUUGCUAAAGCGUAUGUUGCAGUUCACAAACGUAGUCACACUGGAGAAAGACCUUUCCAGUGUGAAAUGUGUGAGAAAUCUUUUGAGUCAGAAUGGGAUUUAACAAGACACGUAAGAGGUCACACAGGAGAGAAACCAUUCCAGUGUGAAGUAUGUGAGAAAUCCUUUGUUUCUCGUAGCACUCUAACAACGCACAAAAGAAUUCAUACAGGGGAGAAACCAUUCCAUUGUGAAACAUGUAAGAAAUGUUUUACUUCUAGUGGCACCCUAGCACAACACAGGAAAAUACACACAGGGGAAAAACUUUUCCAUUGUGAAAUAUGUGGGAAAUAUUUUGCCCAUAAAGCUGAUUUGAAGAGACACAAAAGAACACAUACAGGAGAAAAACCUUUCAAAUGUCAAAUCUGCGAGAAGUCUUUCUCUGAUAAUUCUAGUUUUGCACGUCACAAAAGAAUACACACUGGAAUAAAACAGAAUAAUUGUGAAACAUGUGGGAAAUCAUUUCUUAAUAGAUCUCAUCUUGUUGCUCACUAUCGUAUUCACACAGGAGAACGACCAUUCCAGUGUGAAACAUGUGGGAAAGCCUUUGGUACUCGUACUGAUGUAAAAAUACACAAAAGAAUACACACUGGAGAGAGACCUUACCAUUGUGAAAUAUGUGGGAAAUCUUUCGUUCAGAAUUCUACACUCUAUGUCCACAAACGUCGCCAUGCAGGAGAAAAACCAUUCCAUUGUGAAAUAUGUGAGAAAUCUUUUGUGUUUUGCGGUGAAUUAGGGAAUCACAAAAGGAUUCACCAUGGAGAACCUUCCCACUGAAAGAUAAUAAAUCCCUUUCUUUGGAGAACAUUUUAUGACGAUGAAAUUGUUAGAAACCAUUCUAGUCUUGUAAUCCACAAAUACCACCUGUUUAUAGGGCUUUCCUAUAAGUAGGUUAUCUCCCUUGGCUAGGCGGCGCUCUAUGUAGACAAACUUCCGCAGACUAUCCACGCUAUUGUUAUUGUUUCGAUGAUUCAGCUAUCGAAGUAUUUACUGUGCCUAAGUUAAAGAAAUAUUUAAGAUUAUAUGGACAGUAUGUUACUGGAAGAAAGGCGGACUUGACUGAAAGGUAUAAAAAUUCUGCGGAAGUUAAAGCAAGUCACUGAGCAUGCGUACAUGUCAUACGGGAGAGUUCCAAUCAGGGUUGGAUAACAACCUUAUAGGAACCCCCUAUACAGAGACCCCAUUUCAUGAAGCACAAUGAGAAAAAUACAGGUGUCAGACCUUCAUCAGCAUUUUUAUGUCCACCUACCUUUGAGUGGGUCAAAUGGAAUAUGGUGAAGCAGAGACUAUGGCUAGAUGCUGCUCUUUCCAAGUAAUAUUCCCCUUUGACUAGUCAUGUUUUUAUGCUUGUAUACCAGUGAUACUUGCUUCAUGCAAUGUCAAGCUAUGGAAACAGAUACGUUUAUAUAUUUGAUGGGCUUCGAUCAGUUUUUGUCUAUCAAAUCCACUCCUUUGGAUGGACUUUACUAAUUAUCGUAAACAUGACAGAUUGUUGUCAUAUUUAUUAUAAACAAAGGCACAAAAUUUUUCUCAGUAUUCAAUAUUUAGAGAGAUUUUUCUAUAGAGGAUAUCUAUUACUGAUACAGGAUAGAAAAGCAUCUAAAUUGUGGUGUUACUGUUGAAAUAUUAAAUCUAUGCUAAGACGGGCAUUCAUUUAAGUGGGACCUCUUCACCUUACCUGGUCUUUCACUUUUUUUUUAACUAUAUGAAAUUCAAAGUCUUUAUUGAAAUGAAAAAAAAAAAAAUUAAGUUGCUAAAACUGUUUGGAGAGCAUAAAAAGCAAACUUAUUAAUGAAAUCAUAAACAAACAAGAACAUUCAAUCUAAAAAGCAAAGUUUUCAUUUCUUUGUAAUACUAAUGAUCCAGCAAAAUAAGAAAUUUAUGAAAAAGUUGUCUUUCAAAUUUGUGAUAAAAUAUUUUUUGUCAAUUUAAAUAUUUUGUUAAAAAUCUUGUGA